CAUUAUAUGGACAAGAUGCAAAUUGGGGUCGUAUAUUAUGUGCAGUAGGAUAUUCAGGCAUUCAAUCCAUCAUACCAAACAAAGUUUCUGUUUCAUUUACACCAACAGAUGGCACAACACCUUUGAAAUUGCUUACAUUUGGUGAACCGGAAAAUGUUGAUGAGGCGAGAGCAAGUGAGAUUUUAAAAAUGGAAGAAUUGGAAAUCAAUGUUGAUUUAGGAAUUGGUACUGAUGAGGCAAAGAUGUGGACUUGUGAUUUUAGUCACGAAUAUAUUUCUAUCAAUGCUGAUUAUC